AUGCCCCGCCCUCGCGCGUCUCAAACGCCGUCGUUCGCGCUCGAAUUCGCGUCCUCCUUCGUCGUCUGCGCCGCGCUCGCGACGCUCGACGUCCAAGCGACGCUCGCGCGAAAAUAUCUCGGCCCGAUCCUCGAACGGGUCGGCGCGCGCGCGCUCGCGGACGAUGACGCCGCGGUGACGCUGGCGCUGCUGUUCGUGAACCUCGCGAUCGUGUUCUCGCCGUCGUAUCAGGCGCUGACGCGAGGGGCGACGAACAAUCCGACGGCGUACGCGCUGAAGGGGAUGUUGGGCGACACGGGAGCGGCGCGGGCGUGCGCGAACGCGUGCGCGGCGGUGCUGGCGCACGUCUGCGCGCUGAAGGCGGUGAUGGUGGUGAUGCGAACGCACCCAGAGUAUCUGCCGGGUAAGGGCGCGAUCGCGCCGAUCGUGCCGACGGGGACGACGGCGUCGGCGGCGGCGGCGGAGACAGCCGUGGUCGCGGCUAAUUUUUUAUUCUUCGGUUUGGCCGAACGCGCGUUCGCCGCGGCGCUGAUCCCGACGCUCGUGAGCGGGUUUUACGUGAUGACGAUGAUGAUCGAAGGGUGCAGGUACUCGUGCGGGUACAUGAACCCGUCGACGGUGAUCGCCAGUCACGCGUUGGCGGGCGACUUGAAAUCGCGAGAAGCCUUUGAAGCCAUCGCGCCGUACGUCAUCGGCGGUAUCGCCGGCUCCGUCAUCGUCGCCAUCGCGGCGAAAGUGCUCGUUCCCGAACCAAAGAGCGCGAAGCGCGCGCGCGCGCAAUCAAAGGCGGUGGUGCGAUCGAUUUCAAAGGCGCGAGCGGGAGGCGCGGCGACGCGCAAAGGCGCAAAGCAAAAGUAG